GAUAGCACAUUUCUGGCAACACCACCUUUUCAUGAAACAGCUGCUACUCGUCGACCUGAUUCCGGUCCUUCACUCUGUUAUUCCACAAUGACUCUGGCUGGCACUCACUUCGGACAACUCUCUUCUACUCUUUCGCUUGAAACCGCUUCAGAUGCCACUCUUACGGGUGAGGGCAUAAUGUCGGUGACAUAUACUGCAUUGGGGACGGCCGGUCUACAGACUACUCCACCACAGCCGCGUCGCCGAUUACCUUCCUUACCUGUUUUGAGAAGAGACUGGUCAUCGGCUAUGAUUCAAAGACAUGAGACAAUCCAUUUUGCCACUGGACAGUUGACUGGCAAUCCUUUAGCUGCAUCAGAACCGUCGAAUAUAGACCUGUUAACACUGAUUAAACGCGAUUUCUACUGGGACGAUCCUACAUCCAGGGUUCUUAAGAACAUCAGUAUCAAUAUUAAAAAGGUAGGGAAGCUGUCCAUAAAUUUUCCUCAGCAGAGUCAUAAAUUAUCGAAUGAAUAG